AUGGAAGCUUCUAAUAAGGUUAUUCUCUAUGGUGAUCCACUUAGCCAACCAACUCGUGCUGUUCAAUGGGUUCUUAUAUUAAACAAGAUUGAAUAUGAAUUUAAAUUGGUUUCAAUUAUUAAAGGUGAACAGCGUGGUGAGGAGUAUGCUAAAAUUAAUCCAUUACAAAAAUUACCAGCUAUUGUCUACAAGGGUCAAGCUUAUUUUGAAAGUCAUACAAUUUUAAGAUUCCUUUGCUAUGAAUUUAAACUUAAUAGUUUAUACAGCCCAGAUGACAUUCAAAAAAGAGUUAAAGUUGACGAAUAUCUAGAUUUCCACCAUUUAGGUUUAAGAAAGUAUGCCUCAACUAAAUUUUUCUUAACUUUUGCUGCCCCACAUUUAGGUAUUCCAGUAUCACAAGAGCACCUUAAAGAAGCAGAUACCUAUUUACCAAAAGCAUUACAUCAAAUAGAAACUGUAUUCUUAAAAGAUAAGAAAUUCAUUGCAGGUAAUGAGGUAACCAUCGCAGAUUUUUCAUGUUACAAUGAAUUAAAUGAAUUAUUACUUAUCAAAUUUGAUUUUGCUCCAUACAAAGUUAUCACUGAAUGGAUGAAGAGAAUGGAACAAAUUGAAGGUUACAAAGAAUCAAAUGCUGCUUUUCUCAAAAUUUUAGAAACUGGUAAAUUGGAAAAAUAA